AUGCUUAAGUAUAAAAAGAAAACGAAAUCGGCGAGCGACAUUAGUCGAACAAUAACAAAAAUAAAUAUUUCGCAAUUGGACAGCAAGAACAGUGCUGACCAAAAACAACAGCAGGUGAUAAUCAGUGGUUUUAUAGAAAUUUCUUUGUAUAAAUCUCCUCAUCAUUACAAUGGUCGUUGUCAACGAUUAUGUUCGAAAGAAGAUCGAACAUGGAAAGAACGUGUAUUUAACCAAACAAAAUUAGACGAAGUCAAUAGUUCUCAACGUAAUCAUGCAUCAGUAUGGCUUCGUAAAAUUGCAGCAUCGAUGAAUUUUGGUAUUGAUACAUACGCACUUAGUGUUGAUUUACUUGAUCGAUUUUUAGCAACACUUAAAGUUCGUCCAAAAUUCUUAGAAUGUUUAGCUGUUGGUUGUUUAUAUAUCGCAGCAAAAUGUAAAGAAGAAGAUGAUACAAUAUCAAUAACACCAGAAUUUGUUAUCGAUUGUAAUGCAACAUGUUCAGCUAACGAACUUCUCCGUAUGGAACGUUUAGUUUUGGAAAAAUUCGAUUGGUUUAUAGAUUUUGUUACAGCAAUUGAUUUUUUACAAAUUUACUUUGCUCUUUUAUUAUUGAAAGUUGAAAAUCAAGCAGAAGAAAAUAAUGAAAAAGCUAUUGUGGAAAAAUACAUUGAUUUAGAAAUAAAAUUAGCAUCAUGUUUACAACAUCAUCGUUUAGCAUCAUUUAAACCUCGUAUACUUGCUUUGGCUCUUGUUAGUUUGGAAUUUGAAAAACAACAAGCACAAGAAUCAGAAAUGAAUACGGAUUGGUUGGCUUCAAUUACUUUUUUACAAGAAUUAGCUAACGUUGAAAGUGAUGCAUUAUUAUCAUGUCGAGAUUUAAUCGUUCGUUUAUUACCAUCAUACAAGGUUGUUCGAUUGGAACUAUCUGAUUUAACAUUUAUAUCCCAUGCAUAUAAACCAUUAAAACCAUUGAUGAAUUUAUCUGAUCGACCAACCUAUGCUGAUGUUGUUUGUGGUCGCACUUUUCCUCUUGUCCAAUAA